AUGCGUGUGUUGAGCCUAUCGGAAGCGACAGACGAUGGGUGUUUCACUCCGAAGGCGUCUGGCGACGACGAUGACCGAGGAUCGUACUCGUUCAGGUCGGAGGCAUACGACGACGAAGAGUCGAUGCCAGAGAGCGACUGGUACCCCCGCGAUGCCGCCGCCCUCCGCCACGAGGCAGAAGUCCGCGCCUUUGCGCCGCCUCCCGACCCGAUCUUCUACCUCGGCAACACGCGCAUCAGCAGCGCCGACUACGCCUGCCCGAGGCAGCUGCGCAAGACUGCGCUGUCUCACGCCGAGCCGCGCCCGCUGAACCUGGUGGUGCGCAUCGUCGAGAAUAAGCCGAGCAAGAAGAACGGUACGUCCCAGUACCGCCUCAUGAAGGUCGACCUCGGUGACGGAGUCAUGGAUAUGCUGGCGAACGUCGGCUCGGACCUCUACAACGUCGACAAGAAGCACAACGCUUUUCCUAUCGACGCCAUCGUCAUUCUGGAGGACGUUCGGGGCGUCUUCCGUGGCAAAGCACUGGCCCUCGACUUUUGGCCCUUCUCGUGCAUCAGCAGGUGUGACGACGAGCUCGGUGUCACCUGGGACCAGGUGCAAGCACGGAAUCAGAACAUGACCAUGCUCUCCCUGCGAGGCCGCCUACCCGCCGACGUCCGUCGAAAGCCGCUGAGCAGCGGUCACGCGGUCCAGGCCGCCAAAGAGGCGGGCAAUCGCCUGAGCUGCCUCGUCGUUGGUGUGACGAGGAGCCGCAGCAGGAGUGACGGCUGA